AUGUCAAGCAACGCGACCAUCACCGAGUCUGCGACCGAGCCUGCCGCUUCUACCAGUAGUACAAAACAACCAAGCCUAUCGGCCAUGUCUGACCACAAGGGCGUCUCAACUCACUUCAUCUUCGGCUCUGUCAUCUUCCUUGUCGUCACCCUGCAGACUCUCCGGUACUUUUUAAAGAAAGGCACAUUGCACCGAAGAGAAACUUCCAGAGUCGUGACCUGUCUAUGGCUGCUGAACGCGAUACAUUACAUGUGGUUAUGCCAUCAAGCCUUCGUCUUGCCUAAUAUGAGCAAACUUGAACUCGAUUUGCCCAUGAUAAGCAUUCUUACCCUUACAUUCUUCAUAUUCGUCGUCUAUAUCGGCGUCUCUAUCUUCAUAUGGAAGAAAUGCCGUAUCAUGACAGCGAGCAGAAUCUACGCUUCGCUGCUGGUGCUGGUUCCCUGGCUGCCCGUUAUGGGUUAUAAGUUCUUCCUGACGCACGUCUCCGCCAUCGCACCUAUUGGGUUCUCGGGAGCCAUGAAAGCAAUGAUAGCGCCGAAGAGCUCCGCUCCUUCCCAGUGCCCUCGAUUGCGAAUGCCCUCAGGGCUGGCCGCUGAUCUGCAGAGGAACACCAGUCAGAGGCGUACAUAUCUGUUCGCAUUUGGUCUCCUCGCAGUCAAUGGCUUCAUACUCUGGUUUCUGAGCACAUUCCGUAUAACUGGGCAUAACUACCUGCCGGGGGGUAUCCUAUACGAGUCCCACUUCGGACUGGAAGAUUUUUACACCAUCGUCUACUUAGGAAUCAAACUAAGGAAUGCGCCGAUUAGCAGGCCCGCAGCAAAUACUCAGACGACCUCGGAAGCAGUAGCAGCACAACCUGCCGAAUCCGAGACCCCUUCACUCUAA